GAGUAAACACACUCAUUCAUUCACACAAGCUUCUUGAUCAGUGACCAGAAAAUCAUUAAGAGAAUCUUCAGAGCAUCGAGUGUGUUCAAGAGCAAGAGGAAAAUGAAGUCUGCUGCAGUUUUUGUUGUGUUUGCCUGUCUACUUAUUGUUCAUGUACAAGGACAGGCCAAGAUGAGGUGUUUGUGUCAGGGUCCUGCAGCUAACGUAGUUCAUCCACUACGUAUUGACAAGAUUGACAUUCAUCCUGCAAGUACAUCUUGUGAAAAUAAGGAAAUCGUUGUCACUCUGAAGAAUGGUGGAGGAAAAAAGUGCUUGAAUCCGGAAUCUGAAUUUACUAAGAAAUACAUCACGGCACGAGGUAUUAUACCUCAUGUACAAGGACAGGCCAGGACCAGUGUAAGGAGGUGUUUGUGUCAGGGUCCUGCAGCUAACGUAGUUCGUCCACAACGUAUUGACAAGAUUGAAAUUCAUCCUGCGAGUGCAACUUGUGAAAAUGUGGAAAUCAUUGUCACUCUGAAGAAUGGUGGAGGAAAAAAGUGCUUGAAUCCGGAAUCUGAAUUUACUAAGAAAUACAUCACGGCACGAGGUAUUAUACCUCAUGUACAAGGACAGGCCAGGACCAGUGUAAGGAGGUGUUUGUGUCAGGGUCCUGCAGCUAACGUAGUUCGUCCACAACGUAUUGACAAGAUUGAAAUUCAUCCUGCGAGUGCAACUUGUGAAAAUGUGGAAAUCAUUGUCACUCUGAAGAACGGUGCAGGAAAAAAGUGCUUGAAUCCGGAAUCUGAAUUUACUAAGAAAUACAUCACGGCAGGAUUAGAGAAAAGGAGUGCAGUGUAAAGCGUGCACCGUGUCGUUACUGAACAGAAGAGGAAGACGAGAGACAGCUUGCUUAAAAUAUUUUAAAUGUUGUAAAAAGUGUACAUGUGGUAUGUCUAACUGUUUAAUUUAUGAGCAUCACAUCUGCAUAUGGGUCAAUGUAUAUAGUUUUUGAAUAAACAUGCAAGAUCUUUAAAAAAAUAUAUUGUUUCUGUACCAUGACAUACUAAAUUAUAAUAUAAUCAGCAC